GCGCAGUGCGGGGUGCGGGAGCCGCCAUCAUGGUGCUGGACCUGGACCUGUUCCGCGCGGACAAGGGCGGGGACCCGGGGCUCGUCCGGGACUCGCAGCGGAGCCGCUUCAAGGACCCCGCGCUCGUGGACGCGCUCCUGCGCGCGGACGGCGCCUGGCGGAGCUGCCGGUUCCGUGCCGAUAACCUGAACAAGCUGAAGAACCUCUGCAGCAAAACCAUCGGGGACAAGAUGAAGAGGAAGGAGCCGGUGGGGACGGAUGAGUCCAUCCCGGAGGGAGCACGGAACCUGGAUGAGCUCACGGCCGAGGUGCUGGGGGCCCUGCAGGUCUCGCAGAUCAAGCAGAUCCGGCUCCUCAUCCAUGAAGCCAUCCUCAAGUGCGAUGCCGAGCGCGUGAGGCUGGAGGCAGAGCGCUUCGAGAGCCUCCGGGAGAUCGGGAACCUCCUGCAUCCCUCGGUGCCCAUCAGCAACGAUGAGGAUGCGGACAACAAAGUGGAGCGGGUCUGGGGCGACUGCAGCUGCAGGAAGAAGUAUUCCCACGUGGAUCUGGUGGUGAUGGUGGACGGUUACGAGGGCGAGAAGGGCGCUGUCGUGGCCGGCAGCCGGGGCUACUUCCUUAAGGGUCCCCUGGUGUUCCUGGAGCAGGCGCUCAUCCAGUACGCGCUGCAGAGCCUGCGUGCCAAGGGCUACACGCCGGUGUACACCCCCUUCUUCAUGCGCAAGGAGGUCAUGCAGGAGGUGGCCCAGCUCAGCCAGUUCGACGAGGAGCUCUACAAGGUGAUCGGCAAAGGCAGCGAGAGGGCCGAGGACAGCUCCAUCGACGAGAAGUACCUGAUCGCCACGUCGGAGCAGCCCAUUGCCGCGCUGCACCGCGACGAGUGGCUGCGGCCCGAGGAGCUGCCGCUCAAGUACGCGGGGCUCUCGACGUGCUUCCGGCAGGAGGUGGGCUCCCACGGCCGCGACACCCGCGGCAUCUUCCGCGUGCACCAGUUCGAGAAGAUCGAGCAGUUCGUCUACGCCUCCCCCCGUGACAACAAGUCCUGGGAGCUCUUUGAGGAGAUGAUGGCCACGGCGGAGGAGUUCUACCAGUCCCUGGGCAUCCCUUACCACGUCGUCAACAUCGUCUCGGGCUCCCUCAACCACGCUGCCAGCAAGAAGCUGGACCUGGAAGCCUGGUUCCCGGGAUCCGGAGCCUUCCGGGAGCUCGUGUCCUGCUCCAACUGCACCGAUUACCAGGCGCGGCGCCUGCGCAUCCGCUACGGGCAGACCAAGAAGAUGAUGGACAAGGUGGAGUUCGUGCACAUGCUCAACGCCACCAUGUGUGCCACCACCCGCACCAUCUGCGCCAUCCUGGAGAACCACCAGACCCAGGAGGGCAUCCGCAUCCCGGAGAAGCUCCGGGACUUCAUGCCCCCAGACCUACGGGAGCUGAUCCCCUUCGUGAGGCCGGCGCCCAUCGAGCAGGAGCAAUCCAAGAAGCAGAAGAAGCAGCAGGAGGGGGGCAAGAAGCGCUCCGGGGGGGGGAUGGACCCCGUGCUGGAGGAGCAGAUGCAGAACAUGGGGGUCAACAGUGCCUGAAGGGGGUCCCCCAAACCCCUGGGACCUUCAGGACACCCCCCCCCCAGCCCAG